CAAUCUUUGACCUAGCCGUCCUCAUCUCCGCCGGUAGAGAAGAAGAAUGGAGAGUAUAGCGAAGGGACUAAGAGGAAGCAACGUGUGCAAGAGCCAUGAAGCUUCGCCGGUGAUAAUACCUUUUGAUCUAGUGAUUGAGAUUCUCACGAGACUUCCUCCCAAAUCUCUUAUGAGAUUCAAAUCGGUAUCGAACGUCUGGUCAUCUCUAAUUUGUUCCCAAUAUUUCACCAACCGUUACCAAACGGUUUCAUCAGCCGCACCUCGUCUAUAUAUGGGUUUGAGCUUUCUUGACAACAGCCACCUCAAGUGUAUGUUAAUAUCAGUAUCUCCUAGUUCUGACUCGGAUAUUACUAUAUCUUCCUUUGACGCCCACCAAGGUUUAACCAAGCGAGCAAUGAGAGGCUACAUCACUAGCGUUUUUCGCGGCUUGAUGUGCAUUGUAGAUGAAGCAAGUGCCCAAAUAUAUAACACUACUACUAGGCAACUUGUCGUGCUACCCAAGAUAGAAGAAUCCAGCAUCAUAGAUGGAGAUCACGUGAAUAAGAAUAUCAAGUAUCAUAUCGGGUACGAUCCUGUUCAGGACAGAUACAAAGUGGUUUGCACAGUUACAACAACCAGUAACAAAGUUGGAGAGUCCAUAACGUACUUGUCCGAGCAAUGGGUAUUUCUACUCGGAGGAGAUAUAUCAAGUCGGUGGAGAAAGAUUCCAUGUCAAUCUUCACAUUUUCCUUUAACACAAGGAUUGACUAUCAAAGGCCGUAUGUAUUACCUAGCUUGGAUUCGUGAUCUUGAUCAUGUGCUUGUGAGUCUGGAUACUAGUUCUGAAGAAAUCAGUAUGCUACAAGCACCUGAAGACAACUUUUAUCCUCUUACAGUGACUCUUAUAGAAUGCUGUGAAAAGGUAGCUAUUUUACACUAUAUUGAUCUUGAAAUCGAAGGUAUGAUGAAACUAUGGGUUAUGGAAGAUGCAGAGAAGCAUAGGUGGUCGUGUAAGACUUUGGUGUUUCAAUCUUCUCAAGUUGAUUUAUUCAACAAGAUUAAACUAGGGGUAGUAGGUACAACUAGAAACGGUGAAGUUAUCUUUGCACCUCUGGAUACAGCUUGUUUCUACAUUAUUCUUUAUGAUCUACAAAAGAAUCAUAUGAGAAAAGUUGAGAUCAAAGAAACACCAAACCGCCAUCUUACAAAGUUUUGUGAAGCUGCUGGGUUUGAUGAUGUUGAGAACUUGAUAUAUCUCUAAAACACCCAACGGCUACUACUCUCCAGACUUUUAUAUGUUUUUCUCUACAAUCUUAUGAUAGAUGCUGGGACGAUAUUUGGUUUGGCUAAUAUAAAU